AUGUAACCUAUAAGUUGUAAUAUCAGUAUUCAAAGUUAGGUUAAAUCAUAAGCUUACAUUCUUCUAUUUGGGUUAAAAUACCUAUUUACGUUUUAUUUACCUUUCCCGGUCCUUAACGACAAAUUAUGGCGCCUGUUCUGCCGCAAGCAAAAAAUUGGAAAGAGCACAACCGUGUUCACAAAGAAAAUCGAAAACAGUGGAGAGAACAGCGAUUGAUCAGAAAAGUGAAAAAGGAUAAUAGUGAAAAUGUCGUAGAAGAGACUAAAAGAUCUAACAAAACCGAGAAAUCGAGGAAUACCGUAUCCACUAUUAGCAUUGCUGUACCUGGUUCGAUUCUGGACAAUGCACAAUCAUCGGAAUUGAGAACAUAUUUAGCUGGGCAAAUUGCACGGGCCGCAUGUAUAUAUAAGAUUGAUGAAGUGAUCGUAUUUAACGAUCUCGGGGAUGUUUUAGAGGAAGAAAAAAAAAAACUGAGGAAAGACGACACUUUUGGUGAAGUUAGAGUCGAGUGUUUGCAGCUAGCAAGGAUACUACAGUACUUGGAAUGUCCACAGUAUUUGCGAAAAUAUUUCUUUCCCAUUCACAAUGACCUUAAGUACGCCGGAGUUUUAAAUCCCCUGGACGCCCCUCAUCAUCUAAGGCAGCAAGAUGUGUCUCUAUUUCGUGAAGGAGUUGUCACCAAUAAGCCAAUCAAAGCUGGGAAAGGAUCCCAAGUUAAUGUCGGAUUAUUAAAUGACGUUACCGUUGACAAAGUUCUAACGGCAGGCCUCAGAGUAACUGUAAAAAUCCCGCUGCAGCAACGGAGCCCAAAGAAACUCGAAGGCAUAGUAGUACCUCCGACGGUGCCUAGAUCUGAGAUUGGAAUAUAUUGGGGUUACGCCGUUCGGGUAGCUAAUAACUUGACCGAAGUCAUAACCAAAUGCCCUUACAAAGAAGGUUACGACAUCACCAUAGGAACAUCGGACAAAGGAACUGCCAUUGACCAAGUUCCAGCCGGUGGCAUAAAUUACAACCAUGGUUUAAUUGUAUUUGGUGGUCUAUGUGGAUUGGAGUCAGCUUUGGAAAAUGAUCCACACUUGAACGAAGAUGAUCCAUCUGUUGUGUUUGAUAAAUAUUUCAACAUAUGUCCGUUGCAAGGAUCGAGAACAAUUAGAACUGAGGAAGCGAUACUGAUUGCACUGAGUGAAUUGAGGACUAAGUUACUACCAAAGAACCCCUCAUUAGAGAAUUCGCAGUUUCAGAGCUUUGAUAAAAAUAUGACUGAUGAUAAAGUGGAAGACGAAUAAGACCGGUGUCGCAUAACAAUUUGAUGUAUCACAUUUGAGCAAGUUUUCAUUUGGAAAAAAAAAGAAUUUUACAAACAUGAAAUCAGUCCCAUACGUUUUAACAUUGCACUGCAUAAAGAAUACGAUAAUAUAAAUUCAUAAAGCA